AUGCUGGUUGGCUACAGCAGCAGCUCGGAAGAGGAGGAGGGCGAAACGGAGACAACUCAAAGCGAAGGAUUUGACCAAAAGUGGCAGAAGGAAGACGAUGGUAGCGAUGACCUCCCGCCUAAGAAGAAAAUAAAGACAGAUGAGCCGGCUUCUAAAAAAAGACUGCCGCUCCCAGGCUGCCUGUUAACCAUGUUUCCAGACGAAAUGGAUCCACAGACUGAGGACAGCUCCCUCCACGGUGGACGUGUCCGCUCCUUCAAACACGAGAGAGGAAACUGGGCCACUUAUGUUUAUUUCCCAUACCAUCCGGAGGAUGAGUUUGAGGAGUUUUUGGAGGAGCUGCUCUCGACAGCCAGGGCUCGAGGAGUGGGUCUGACCCCACAGGAGGAGUUCCACCUCAGCCUUUCUCAGACGGUGGUGCUCAGACACCACUGGAUCCAGCCCUUCAUCCAAAGCUUAAAGGAAAGCCUGACCCACUGUAGAAGAUUUGUUUGCACAGCGGGGAGACUGAAGGUCUACAGUAAUGCUGAGAGGACAAGGACGUUUCUGGGGAUGGAAGUGUCCUCUGGAAAUACUCAGUUGUUGGACCUGGUCCACAUUGUUGACAAAACAAUGACAGAGUUUCGACUGGAAACUUUUAAUGAGGAUCCAUCGUUCCAUGUGAGUUUGGCAUGGUGUGUUGGAGACCAGAUGGAGAAGCUGAAGCGGUGCAUUCAGGAGCUCCAGACGCUGGUGGAGCGGCGUGAGGACGGGCCGCUCCUGCUGAGGCUGGACUGUUCAGAGCUGCGCUGCCGGACGGGAAACAAAACAUUCCGCUUCCCUCUGGAGACGUGA